GCUAGUAAAGUACCUUUCUGUAAAUUCCAUCUUGGAGACCGACCCAUCCCUGUUACAUUUAAGAGAGCAAUUGCUGCACUUUCUUUCUGGCAAAAAGUCAAGCUUGCUUGGGGCCUUUGCUUCUUAUCUGACCCAAUCAGUAAAGAUGAUGUGGAGAAGUGCAAACAGAAGGAUUUACUGGAGCAGAUGAUGGCAGAAAUGAUUGGAGAGUUUCCUGAUCUUCAUCGAACGAUUGUGUCGGAACGAGAUAUUUACUUGACCUACAUGCUGAAGCAAGCAGCAAAGCAGAUAGAACUACCUCGAGCUUCAGAAACUGAACCUAGAAAAUACAUCCCAGCUGUUGUAGUUGGUGUUGUUGGGAUGGGUCAUGUACCUGGGAUUGAAAAGAACUGGAACUCUGACUUAAACAUCCAGGAAAUAAUGAGCGUGCCUCCUCCGUCAGCCUCAAGUAAGAUUUUCAAAUUUGUCAUAAAAGCAACCGUUUUUGGACUGAUGGGAUACGGCUGCUACCGAAUAGGUCAAAGGACAGUUCAGUUCAUCCUCUCGAUGCCAGCAGCACAGAGCUAUCUCCAGAAGCUGACAGAAAUAAGGUCUCAGCAUUGAACGUCGAGUGGAGGUACGAGGUCAAGAAGGUGAUGGAGGCGACGAGGGUGAACUGGGCUGAAGGAAGGGCGAGAUGAGGAUUUGAGUCGGAGAUGAGUGAUGCUGAGCAAAGCUGAAUCGCUGUAUAAUAAAAGAUUUGAUACUAAAGUUACACCA